GUGUAUCCUGUAGCCAUAUCGCCUCCUGAACUCUUUGCACGCAGAAGCACACACGCACACACUUACACUCCUCUCCAGCCAUGAAGAAAGCACCUUCCUUACUUCUGCUGCUGGUGGUGGCGGCUGGGCCUGGAAGCUCGCCCACCCCUGCCCUGGCCCAGCAGUGCGGCCAUGAAAGCUCAGUGAACAAUCAUAAUUCCAACGUUACCAUUAAUCUGUCACGUACAAGCAUGUCUGUGUACGUGCGGCCUCUCCCAGGCUUCAAGGGCAUCAGCCUGACAGCGAAGGCGUCUGAUGGAGAGGAGUACACAGCUUGCUUCCCGAAACAGAACACGUGCUUCGAGGGCGACGCCGACUUUUGGGAGGUUUCGGUGGCGGUGUGGGCAUCCAACGACACGCCCGAAAACAGCAACGAUCACGGGCUCUACUUCAGAAUGUGGACUGAUGGGUGUCCCAGCCAGUGCUACUAUGCUGCCACUGUAGACAAAAUUGAGAAGCUCAUUGUUACCGGUCACGGCCCAGCAGCCUGGAUCUACAACACCCCGGACCCAAGUUGCAAGAUAAUAACCAUUUGGAACAUUCGUGUGAAAGACGCUGUCCACUGCUUGCCGACGCUACCAACGGAAACUAACACCACCAGCUUGGGAACCAUUCCGUUCACACACACCGCCAAGUCCACCGCACGCCGCAACACGAACUCAUCUACUCCGUCAGCCACUACAUUGAUGAUGGUGGUGGUGGUGGUGGUGCUGGGUAUUGUGCUAGGGGUGCUGUCAGUGGUGGCGGUGCGUCUGGCUCUGCUUGUCAAGAAACUCAAGGUAAAACAAGAUGAAACAAACACGAGGUUGUAUUAGGUGUCAUCAGCCAAUGCAGGAGGCGCAGUGUGCUUCAGCAGCCUGCAGGAAGACACGUGCAUGAAGGAACACAGCGGGGCCGACUACUCACUCACUCUCGCCACUUAUCCAUCACUGAACAGUUCAACACACACAAAUGACUCCACUGGUGAACAGACGGGAGGGCUUGUUGUUAUGCAGGGCUCAGUGUUCUGGCGUGUUGUUCUUGUCAGGUGGUAUUCCACUUUCGAUAUCUCAUGCCGUGUUUUGAAAUGCUCCUGUCACCUCACCACGACUAUUUACAAAGGCCACAGAGGUGAUUCAUUUGGUUAUCAUUUUUCUUUUUUAUUGAACUAUUACUAGAGGUACGAAGGUACUAUUUAGAAUCCAAAGAACUUUUGCUAUCCCUAAAAUCAUGAAAGCGUUCUUGAAAACCCAAAUAACUUCCACUCCCCUUGAUUAGGUCUAUAAAAUUCAUCGGGCUCUGCUAAACUAUCAUUAAAGACAUAGAAACACAGUGUAAGAACCCAAGAGACUGUUAAAAUAUUGAUAAAACCAUUAAAAACACCCCUGAUGACGUGAAAUAUCUUAGUAAGCCCUCGUAAAGUGUCACUCAGUAUUGUCAUGGCCAUGGAAAUUGAAGAUCGCAUCAUUGUACUCUGGCAAUCUCUCCGUCAUCACUGUGUCACAAUGCAUGCAUCCGGUGUGCACCAAAACACGCCAAUUUUGAGUUUCAAGUAGUAAUAUCAUAGCCACUUGUUUUGAUUAUCAGUAAAUAUAUGCAUUUGUUAAGUCUGUCGCAUGCACGGUUUCAGACGAGUAGGGUGCCGGAAUAUGUGAUGUAACAUCCAGAUUCCCUGACCUCAACAAUACAACCUGUUAAAAGUGAGGCCGAGCAAACGAAGAUUGAAGUAUCCGGUCUGUUGGGAGCAAGUAAAUGUCAAGUUUAUAUAGUUGAGUCAAUGGGUUGUCUUUCCAGCAGCAUCCGUUAAGGGGGGGGUGUAGAAACUAGUGACACGUCCACCCCUUAGACUUGCCCUUCACCCCUGAAAGCCCCGCAGGAGUUAAUCAUAGAGGUGUUCUUCAAGGCAAGUUAAUGAUAGUGAAGGGAUUCUGUUCAGUUGGCAUUGUAACUUUGUGCUCUAUUAUUUCACUUCUGUAGGGCUGCACACAAUCACCUAUAGCUGUUUAGAAACCUGAUUUUUGUAGUUUAUUUGCUUUUACACUUUUGAGAAAAAUACAAUUAACUUCUCUUAUCAUUUUGACUGUAGGCACGCAGGGACUUGUUGUAUUGUGAAUGUCGACAAGGAGAGGAGUGUCAAGACGCCUCAGAAACUUAAUUAGCUAACAAUUGGUUCGUACCAUGUUUUUUUUUUUUUUUAUAGCAUCAUUUUGGCAAAGUUUAUCUAUUUUCUUAUAUUCUACCCUUGUUGACUUUCCUGACAGAAAUUAAAGUAGUAAAAAAUGCUAACAGCAGAAGGAAAUAUAAUCAUAGAUGUUUUUUGUCAUUUUGUGGGUUUGUAGAAUGAAUUCCUCCUUCCCUGUGUCUGUAGAUGUAAGUCUGCCUUCCCUGUGUCUGUAGAUGUAAGUCUGCCUUCUCUGAGUCAUGAGUCUCGAUGCUGAGGACAUUGUCGGGUUCUCAUUUCCUCGCCUUGCAUCCUCUGUCUGUUCAAGUAGAAGUGCAAUAAACAGAUUCACACUGA